AUGCCCUUCGGGCUAAAGAACGCCGGGGCGACCUACCAAAGGCUGAUCAACCGACUCUUCAAGAAUCAGAUCGGCCGCAAUGUGGAGGCCUAUGUGGAUGACAUUCUCGUCAAAAGUCUCGCCACUUCAUCCUUUCUGUCAGACGUGAGGGAAGUCUUUGGUGUCCUGCGAGACUCGAGGAUGAAGCUGAAUCCCAAGAAGUGCGUCUUCGGCGUCACCUCGGGGAAAUUCUUGGGGUAUCUGGUUUCCCACCGGGGAAUCGAGGCCAACCCCGACAAGGUCAAGGCCAUUCAGGACAUGUCCCCACCUCGGAACAUCCGAGAAGUCCAACGGCUGAAUGGACGCCUGGCCGCGCUGAAUCGCUUCCUGUCCCAAUCAGCUGAGAAAGCUCUGCCCUUCUUUAAGGUGCUCAAGAAGGCUGAUCAGUUUGCCUGGACGGAAGAGUGCCAGGCCGCUUUCGACAAGCUGAAGCAAUACCUCCAUCACCUACCCACUCUCGUUUCACCUCGGCCCGAAGAGAAGCUCUACCUCUACCUCUCCGCAGCUGACGAGGCUGUCAGCGUUGUUCUUAUCCGGGAUGAGGGCACCCAAGUGCCAGUCUACUACGUCAGUCGAGCUCUCCGCGGUCCGGAGACUCGGUACACUCAGGUGGAAAAACUGGUGCUGGGGCUAGUCCACGCAGCUCGGCGAUUGAAGCCCUACUUCCUUGCUCAUCCCAUCUCCGUCAGGACCGACCAGCCCAUUCGGCAAAUAUUGGUGCGACCCGAGACUUCCGGUCGCCUUACCAAGUGGGCUGUCGAGUUGGGAGAAUAUGACCUGUCAUAUGAGCCCCACACCGCCAUAAAAGCUCAAGUCCUAGCUGAUUUCCUGGCCGAGCUGACCUUCACGGAAGGUCCAGAGUCCACCUCCGCCAGUGCCGAGGUGUUCACCCCUUCCCCGUGGACGCUGUACGUAGACGGGUCCUCUAAUGGGGAUGGCAGCGGAGCUGGACUGCUCCUGGAAGGACCUCAGGGAGAAGUGUGCUCUUACGCCCUCCGCUUUGGCUUCCCAGCCACCAAUAAUGAAGCCGAGAACGAGGCCUUAAUUGCUGGACUCCAGCUGGCCCGCAGGCUCGGCGCCCAGCAAAUCCACGUCAGCAGUGACUCCCAACUCGUUGUACACCAAAUUCUUGGUGAAUACGAGGCCAAGGAUGAGACCAUGCAACGGUAUCUCUCCAAAGUUCACCAACUCACCGCGUACUUCGAGUCUUUCGAAAUCCAAAGAAUACCCCGGUCCCAGAAUAAGCGGGCUGACGCCUUAUCCCGGCUGGCUUCCACCUCAUUCUCCGAUCUCAACAAGACCGUCUUAGUGGAAGUGCUGAGCAAGCCGGGAUACAUGGAAGAGGUGGCCUGCCCCGUGCACUCGGAAGAUACUUGGAUGAACCCGUUCAUCAUUUUCUUAAGGCAGGGGAUCCUCCCCGAGGACCGAGCCGAGGCAAGGAAAAUACAACGCAAAUCUGCUCGGUACGCGCUCCGCGAUGGAGAGCUAUAUAAACGCUCAUAUCUUGGCCCAUGGCUGAGGUGCAUUACACCCGAGGAGGGACGCCAAGUCCUCCACGAGAUACACGAAGGCCUUUGUGGAGCUCACGUCGGCCACAGGAUGUUAGCCAGGAAGACCUUACUUCUUGGAUAUUUCUGGCCUUCCCUUCGACAAGAUGCCCAAAAUCUUGUUCUCAGAUGCCCGUCCUGCCAAGUCCACGCCCCUGAGCUUCACCAACCCUCGAAUUUCAUGGUUCCAAUCACCUCACCCUGGCCGUUUGAGCAAUGGGGGACAGAUAUCAUAGGUCCUUUCCCUAAAGCGGUCGGGGGCUAUACCUUCCUGGUAACUGCUGUGGAUUAUUUCACUAAGUGGAUUGAAGCCGAGCCUCUACGGACCAUCACAGGGCUGGCCAUUCAAAAAUUCUUUUGGAAAUGUAUUAUCUGCCGCUUCGGCAUACCUCAGAUCAUCAUCUCGGACAAUGGAAGACAGUUUGCCGAGAACCCAUUUAAGACUUGGUGUGAGAACCUCGGCAUCAAACAACACUUCACUUCGGUAGGCCACCCUCAGGCCAAUGGUCAGGCGGAAAAUUUCAACCGAACUCUCUUGCAUGGCCUCAAGACCCGACUACACCGAGUUGGGUCAUCUUGGGUGGAGGAACUCCCCAGUGUUCUGUGGUCAUAUCGGACCACGCCGAGGUCAUCCACGCAAGAGACUCCCUUCUCCUUGACCUAUGGAGCCGAGGCUGUCAUUCCUGCUGAGCUCCUCACACCCAGUCCUCGGCUGACAGCCUAUGUAGCCGAGGUGAACGGAGAAGAGAGGCAGUUUGAUCUCGACCUCAUGGACGAGAAAAGAGACCUUGCCUCAGCUCGGAUAGCUUCCUACAAGAACACCCUGGCCCACUACUACAAUGCCCGCGUCAAGCAUCGGCGAUUCCUGCCAGGAGACUUGCUGCUUAGAAAAAACUCGGUCAGCCGAGCUGAACCGCAAGGGAAAUUAGGCCCGAAAUGGGAAGGCCCUUACCGAGUUGUGGAAUCUGGUCUAAGUGGGUAUUGUAAAUUGAGCUACCGAGAUGGCUCUCUAGUGCCAGGACUUGGCAUGCCGAGAACCUCAGACUGUAUUAUGUUUGAAGAUUUUACUAAGUUAUCACUUCAGCUGCUUAGUUAUUUUUCAAUACUGAGAUGCGUACAUCUGCUAUUAAAAAAUAAGGGGGACAAAUAG